AUGGAAAAAGCUUUCCUGGAGGCCGCCAAGUUGCCGCCCCAACCGAUGGUCUUUCUCACGAACUCCCGGUGCGCCAUCCAAAAGAUAGCCAAUGCCGAGACCGGAGACCCUGCAACGGCCGCUGCAAGGAAGGCCCUGGCUAUCUUGGAAGCGCAUGGCUCUUCAGUCUGGUUCCAAUGGAUCCCAGGGCACGUCGGCAUCCAGGGAAAUGAACGCGCGGAUGACCUCGCCGCGAAAGCGCAUCAGUUUCCCCCCAAGGUCCCUACACCUGCACACCCGCAACAGGCAGCUCUCGAUGUCCGCUGGCAUCUCCUGCGGGAGAAGCCGGAGAAAUCUUUACCCAAAGGCACCUUGACCGGUCUCUCCCGGGCAGCGAAGACACUGGUGCGACGACUAGGGACAAAUACGGCAUACACAAACGAAUUCCUUGCUAAAAUGGGAAAACGACAGAGCUCAAGCUGUCUUCAAUGCAGGGCAGAAGAGACGAUCCACCACAUCCUCUGCGUCUGCCCGGCAUACGAGACCCAACGGGAAGCGCUGCGUCAACGGGUUAAGGAAGGCACCCAGGUGACAACAGACAGCUUGCUCUUUCCCGACGGGCCCAGACGAAAGUGCCGGAGGAUUUUCAAGGCAUUGUUGGCGUUCCUACGACACACAGAACUGACUGAGUGCCUGUAG